AUGAAAUUCUUCGUUGCUUUUGCUUGCGUAGUAGCCGCCACCUCGGCUGGCAUCAUUGCGCCAAUCGCUCCAUUAGUGGUAGCUGGACCCCAACACUUGCCAGUUAUCGGUCCAAAUGGAGUACCAAUUGAUACCCCGGCUGUUCAACAAGCACGCGCUGCCCAUUUAGCUCACAAAGUCGAAGCUCAUGCCCGUAACGGUGACCUGGCUGUUGUUGCUCAUGCUGCCCCAGUCGUUGCUCAUGCUGCUCCUUUGGCUUACGCUCACCAUGCCAUUGCUUCCCCAGUUGUUGCUGCCCAUGUCGCCCACGGUAUUGUUGGACACGUUGGUAUCCCAGAAACCGCUGAAGUUGUUGCCGCCAAGCAAGUGCACUUUGCUGCUCAUGCUGAAGCUCUUGCCCGCAAUGGUCAUAUUGCCCCAAUCCACCACCUCUUGCGUCGUGGAAUCAUCGCUGCUGCUGGUCCAGCUCUUGUUGCCCAUAGCAUCCCAGCUGCCUACCCAACUACCCUUGGUCUUCCUGCUGUGACUUCCAACGGUGUCCCACUUGAAACCCCAGAGGUUGUUGCUGCCAAGUCCAACCACUUCGCUGCUCAUGCUGAAGCUCUUGCCCGCACUGGUCACGUUUACGGUGUUGCUGCAUCUCCAAUCAUUGCUCAUGCCGCUCCACUUGUAGCUCAUGCUUCCCCAGUUGUUGCUCAUGCUGCCAUUGCUGCUCCAGCCCUCGUUGCUCGUGCUAUCCCUGCUGCUUACCCAACCACCCUUGGACUUCCAGCUGUCACCAGCAACGGUGUUCCAUUGGAAACCCCAGAAGUUGUAGCUGCCAAGUCCAACCACUUCGCUGCUCAUGCCGAAGCUUUGGCUCGUAACAGCCCCAUCUACUCUGAGGCUCUUAUUGCUGCUCCUGUUGCCACCGUGUGGUAAGAAGCAGUGAAGAAUUACCUAAUAGAA